AUGGAGCUGAAAGUGUGGGUGGAUGGAGUGCAGCGAAUCGUAUGUGGCGUCACAGAGCUCACCACAUGCCAGGAGGUGGUCAUCGCCCUAGCCCAGGCCAUUGGGCGUACUGGCAGGUACACGUUGAUCGAGAGAUGGCGGGAGACGGAACGCCACUUGGCACCGCAUGAGAACCCUGUGGUGUCCCUCAACAUGUGGGGCCAGUAUGCCAGCGACGUGCAGUUGGUUCUCCAGCGCACCGGCCCCUCCCUCAGUGAACGUCCCAACUCCGACGGCACAUCCCGUGUGCCCGAGCGCGGCCUCUACCGCCAGAGCCUGCCUCCUUUGGCCAAGCUGCGCCCGUCGGCCAAUGACCGCUCACUCAAGCGUCGGGAGCCCAAACGUAAGUCCCUCACCUUCACGGCUGGGGUCAAGGGCUUGAGGGAUAUUUUUGGGAAGGGCAGAGAUGCCGAGGCCAAGCAGCAGCAGAGAGCACUGAACCAGGGCAGGGGGGUGGUGUCUGUGCCCCUCAGUCCAGCCCGGGAGCUGGUGCGCUUGGUCCAGCUGCAGAAGGACAAGCUCCAGCUACUGGAGAGCCGGUUGCAGGGCUGUGAGGCGGAGCUACAUGGCUGGGAAAGCGGUGAUGGUGGUGUGUGCGUCGAGGGUCAGGAGGGCGUCGGCGUGCUGGAGGAGGAGCUGGCGCGUCUGGAGCAGCAGCUGCGGAGGAACGAGGUGGAGAUGUCCGAGGAGGAGUUCUGGCAGAACGAGCUGCAGAUCGAGCAGGAGAGCGAGCGGCAGCUGAGGGAGCAGUUCCAGGAGCUGAUUGGACGGGUGCGGGAGUGCGAAGCCCGGCUGGGGGAGUACCUAACCCGUAUCCAGGGCAUGGAGGCUGACCUAGAACAGGAGACUGAGCAGAGCAGGCAGGUGGACGAGGAGGAGGCCCGGGCCCAGCUGGGGAAGGUCAGGGCGGAGCUGGAGCAGCAGGUUCAACACAGAGUGCAGCUGGAGAGCAGCUGCAGGGCUGUGGACCGCUCACUGGGACAGUCCAGCAAGAAACUACAGGAGAAGGAGCAGGAGUUGGAGCAGUUGACCAGGGAGCUGAGACAGGUGAACCUUCAGCAGUUCAUCCAUCAGACGGGCACCAAGGUCACCGUUCUACCAGCCCAGCCCAAUGACCAGAAGAAUAAGACAGACCUCCAGUCAGGCUCGUUGAAACGGCUGGCCUCCUCCCGCCUCCUCCCCAGUGACCUCCGGGCUCUGCAGAGUCCAGUGUCUUCAGGCCUCAACCCUGAGGGCAUCUAUGUCUGACCCCUGACCGUUACCUUCUGCUGGCUACCAUCAGUG